AUGCUCAGCCCCCUCCCUGCUCUUUCUCUCCUCAUCGACGUCGCUGGUGCCCUCGCCAGCUCGACUCUGCAGCUUCUCAACAAGCACGUCGCAGACCGACAGGCUGCCUUGCAAGUGCUUGUCUUGCUCGUCGAGACCACCGUCUUUUCGCUUCUCUUCUUGGUACUCAUCUCUGCCUCCUUCGCAUUGGCCCUCUCUCUUGUCGACGAUGAGUUGCCCGCGGACGACGAGCUGACGAGGUGGAUGGGUGGUGGUCGUCGUCCCGAGACCCACCGUCCGCGACCCAGUGGUGUUGCCUUCCUCACCCGGUCCCUGCGUCGCUCUCUUGCAGCCGGUUUCUCGCCAGCUGCGCUUCGUUGGCAACUCUGCAACUUCGACAGCCUAGCGGAUGAGCACGACCCCAGCUUCGUCAAGUGGGUGGAGGACCACGGCGAUCUGAUCGUCACUCAUAUCGGUCGGUCUGGGCCGUAUGUGGUCAUCAAUCGCGCCAUACUCCUCACACUCGGCGACGAUGGGGUUGUCGAGUCGUUCUAUGAACGGCCCACCUCCACAUAUGUCGCCAGGCUCGGAAAGCAGUCGUGGGUCAACUGCUGCCUGAUGAUCAGGCUCUGUGACUUCGACAAGGCGGUCCAAUGGCGCCGUGACCGUCGCUGGAUCCGUAACUGGAUUGACCGGGUCCGAGAAGAAGCAUCUGGCUUCGCCUGGUCUCCUCUGGAUCCCUUCUGGGACCCCAAAAGUCGGCCCUUGUCUCGUCUUCCGGCGAGCGUAGCUCUCGACAAGUUGUCGGCAUACGGGGGCAUCCCUUCGACCUCGCGCUAUGGUCUCGCACUCGACCGAGCGAUAUCGGUCUUGGAGAAGGGAGCGUGCGAGAAGACGGUCGAGUGGAUAGGGACCUGGUCUGCAAGCUUCUCUUACCUGAGAGCCAACGCAGCCCGUGUUGCCAUCACCACCACCGACGAUGCGGUCGCUCUCGACUAUAUGGCCAACAGCGACACCCCCGGCCCCAGCCACAGUUGCCCCAAGUGGAAGGCGCUGAAGCGUAGCUUGCUGGCUCUCGACACCCUCAACGCCCAACUUCACCUCGACAGCACCAACAAAGUCCUUUGCAGCGAGGUCAGAGAUGCACAGAAGGCCUACGAGGAGCUUCUCAUCUUGUACUGCCUGUGGGAGGAAUCGGCAACCGAGACCGGGCAGGCCAGUGAGACGAACAACGGAGUGGAAGAGAAGGUCGAGCCGCUUCCUCUUAAUCUACUUAACCGCCGGAUGUGCGUCAAGAAAAGGCUCCGUGAUGAGCUGGCGGUGGACGGCGUGAUCCCUGGACGCAUCCAGCCAGGAAGGAGGCUCAAUGCUAACGUCGAGGGAGUUGCGCCAGGCGUUCUCGUGGCCAACGCUGUCGCCAUCUUCCUAUCUGCCAAGGCAGCCCAGCCCGACCCCAGCCCUCUCGCAGCGACCACGCUCAUUGCUCUUUCAUCCAUCAUUCUACACUCUCUACAAGCCUGGACGAGGCCGCCAUCAACCCACGAGUUUCCGCACCUGACGAAGGUGCUCGUUGGCGCUCUCACCCUUGCGUUUUCCGCCCACGUCGUCUUCCUCAUCCUGCUCCACCUCUCGCGCAACAACAUCCUCAGUGACGUGUCGAGGCUUCUCUGCGUCUUCCAUGCUGUCUUGGCCGAGAACAUCACGAAGAUCUGGUCAUUCGUUCACUUGACCAGGUGGAGACACAGGACGCUCGUACUCACACUCCUCUACGUCGCCAUUACGACUCAGCUCGCCUCGUUUGCAGUGGGCGUCUGGCUGCUGUUCGACCGCCAUCUUCAAGUAGUCUGGGGCCUGCCUGCUGUUGUGCUGUGGAUAGCCUUCGGUAUACUGGUCGCCAGCUCCCGACAAGUCUCCCGCAGACAACGGUUCUCGGGCAAUCCUGUAGGCGGUCAUUGGUCGACGCUCAAGACGCAGACGUGCGUGCUGGCGUGCGUCACGGGCGUCGGAGCAACGGCGUCGACAGUCCUAGCAUGCAUCGGUGUAUGGCUCGACUGGAAGCUGAUGUUCUUCGUCGAGUUUGCACUCAUCGAGUGUAUGACGGCCUGGGCCUCGUUCUCGACGAUCAACCUGCAGGGGACGACGGCCAAGGCGACAUCAUGGAGCCCCAGAACGAUUGCCAAGCGGGAGAGUUCCAUAUUCGGGCCCACGAACCCCGAGAUAGAUGCGAAAUGCGAAAACGCAGAGGAUCCUCCGACGUCGGUGCCUGUUCUGCACGACCUGGAAAGUGUUGGGACGGUGGGCUCGGACAAGACUUCAAAGUUCUCGGACGUGAUCGAGAUGACCCCGGUGGAGACUUUUCCCAAGUGGGGGAAAUCGGACACUACCAUGGUCCAGGCAGCUGUCGAGACACAAGAUGAAGAGAAGUUCGAGGGAUUCAAGGAAUCUAUUGACUUCGUGUAG